AUGUUUUUUCUAUUGAAAAGAGAUGUGACCAGAUCAGUUACACACCAUCUGACCCAUCAGACCUUCAUCAGUGAGAAAAGCCAGCACAAAAUUAACAUGAUAAAGAAGUAUGAAAACUUAUUUGAAGGAAUCAAGCUAGAAGGGAAUCAAACCUACCUGAACAGGAUCUACACACAGCUCUACAUUAUAGAGGGAAAGAGUGAGGGGGUGAAUAAAGAACAUGAGGAUAUACAGAUGGAGAAUACAACCAGAACACAACACUCACAAGAAACUCCAAUCUACUGCAAUGACAUCUUUAAAGCCUCACCUGGACCAGGAUGUGAGGAAAAAGAUAAAAUCAAAAUCGUUCUUACUAAAGGCAUUGCCGGAAUCGGAAAAACAGUCUCUGUGCAGAAGUUCAUUCUUGACUGGGCCGAGGGAAAAGGCAAUCAGGAUGUAGAUUUCAUGUUUGUGCUUCCAUUUCGAGAGCUGAACUUGAAAAAAGAUCAUGAGUACAGUCUUCACAGACUUCUGCUGGACUUUCAUCCUGAACUUCAAAAUAUGAACUCACAGAUUUAUGAGAAGUGUAAAGUUGUGUUCAUCUUUGAUGGUCUGGAUGAAAGCAGAAUUUCGCUCGAGUUUUCAGACAGUGAGAAAGUUUCAGAUGUUACUAAGGUUUCAUCAGUAGGCAUGUUGAUUUCAAACCUUAUGAAAGGAGAUCUGCUUCCCUCUGCACUCAUCUGGAUCACCUCCAGACCAGCAGCAGCCAAUCAGAUCCCCUCCAAAUACAUCAACCGUAUGACAGAGAUUCUGGGAUUCAAUGAUCCUCAGAAGGAAGAAUAUUUCAGGAAGAGGAUCAGUGAUGAGAAUCAAGCCAGCAGAAUCAUUUCAAACCUUAGAGGAGCAGGAAGCCUCCAAAUCAUGUGCCAUAUCCCCGUCUUCUGCUGGAUCUCAUCCACUGUGUUUCAGAGGCUCCUGGAAAAAGAUCUGAGUGCACAAGUCCCUCAAACUCUGACUGAAAUGUACAUCUACUUCUUGCUCACUCAGAUAAACAUGAGGAACCAGAAAUAUGAAGAGAGAGAUCCAGAGAAACUCCUGCAAUCCAACAGAGAAGUGAUUGUUAAACUUUCUGAGCUGGCUUUCAAACAGCUGAUGAAAGGCAAUGUGAUGUUCUGUGAGGAGGACCUGAUUGAGAGUGGUCUAGACGUCACUGAUGCCUCGGUGUAUUCUUGGUUUUGCACUGAGAUCUUUAAGGAGGAAUCUGUGAUUCACCAGAGGAAAGUGUACAGUUUCAUCCAUCUGAGCUUUCAGGAGUUUCUAGCUGCUUUCUAUGUGUUUUACUUCUGUGUAAUCAGGAAUAAGAAAUCACUGGAGUUGUUUCUGGAUGAAAAAUAUCAGUGGUACUGUAAAGAAAACUUUAUUUUUGAGCUACUAAAAGCAGCAAUUAAUAAUUCCUUACAGAGUGAAAACAGACACCUGCAUUUUUUCCUGCGAUUCCUGCUGGGAAUAUCACUGUUGUCCAAUCAGGGACUCUUAUUGGGUCUUCUGAGAUACACCGAGGACACCUGGUAUAGCAUUAAAAAAACAGCAAGGUACAUUAAAGACAAAAUAAAGUGUGAUGAAACUCUCUCAGCUGACAGAAGCAUCAAUCUGUUCCUUUGUAUGCUGGACAUGAAUGAUAUGACUCUAUAUCAAGAGAUUCAGGAAUUUGUGAAAUCAGGGAAUCAUUCAGUGAAGCAACUCUCUGUUGCUUACUGCUCAGCAAUAGCCUACAUGCUUCAGAUGUCAGAAAAGAAGGAUGAGUUUAAUCUGAAGACAUACAACACAUCAGAUGAGGGUAGAAGGAGACUGAUACCAGCUGUGAGGAACUGCCGAAAAGCUAUACUUGCUGGCUGUAGACUUACUGUUGAGUGCUUUGAAAGUUUGUCUUCAAUUCUACAAUCACCAAACUCACUGAGAGAGCUGGACCUGAGCAACAAUGACCUGGAGGAUUCUGGUGUAAAGCUUCUGUCUGGUGGAUUUAAGAGUUCAACGUGUCAACUCAACAUACUGAGACUGACAGGCUGUAGUCUCACUGCUCAGUGCUGUGAAAGUUUGUCUUCAGCUCUGCAAUCAACAGACAAUUCCCUGAGAGAGCUAGACUUGAGUCACAAUGACCUACAGGAUUCAGGAGUAAAGCUUCUGUCUGAUGGACUGAAGAGUUUACACUGUCAUCUGAACAUACUGAGAUUAUCUAGCUGCAUGGUGACAGAGGAAGGUUGUGGCUAUCUGGCUUCUGCUCUGAGUUCAAACCACUCGCACCUGAAAGAGCUGGAUCUGAGCUACAAUAAUCCAGGAGAAUCAGGAGUCAAGCUGCUCUCUGAUCCAAAGUACAGACUGGAAAAACUCAACGUGGAUCAUGGAGGAGAUAUCAGGAUUGUUAGAGGACCGCAGAAAUAUGCAUGUGAUCUCACACUGGAUUUAAACACAGCACACUCUCAACUCAUUCUGUCUGAGAGCAACAGAACGGUGACAUGUGAAACAAAGAAGCACCCAUAUCCUAAUCAUACAGAGAGAUUUACAGGGUAUCAUCCUCAGGUUCUGUGUAGAGAAAGUCUGUCUGGACGCUGUUACUGGGAGGCUGAAUGGAGCGGAAGAGACAAGGUUAAUAUAUCAGUGGUAUAUAAAGGAAUCAGCAGGAAAGACAAUAGUUCUAACUGUUGGUUUGGAUAUAAUAAGAAUUCAUGGAGUCUAAUGUGUUUUGAAGACAAAUACAUUGUCAGACACAAUAGCGUAAGCACAGAAAUUAUGAUCCCUUCUCAGUUUAACAGAGUAGGGGUGUAUCUGAAUUGGUCGGUUGGCACUCUGUCUUUCUACAGCGUCUCUGACACACACACACUCACACUCUUACACACAUUCAACUCCACCUUCAAUGAACCCCUCUAUGCUGGAUUUGGGUUUUAUUCUGAUAAAUCCAUGUCUGUGUGGAAGAUUAAACAACCUCUUGUGAGAAACAACUGA